AAGGGGAACAGCUGUUCACAAAAUGACAAACACAUAACAAGUACACGGAACACACAAACACCUUACAAAAAUCAGAGUGGGUGCUGCCGCGGGCCAGUAACAUGUCCACCCCGGGUGCCGUCAUGCCCGCCGCCCGCAAGGCCUCCGCCACGGUUGUUCUCCUUCACAUAUUGGGAGACACCGGGCAUGGAAGGGCAGAAGCCUUUGCAGGUAUCAGAAGUUCACAUAUCAAGUAUAUCUGCCCACACACGCCUGUUAUGCCUGUAACAUUAAAUGUGAACACGGCUCUGCCUUCUUGGUUUGAUAUCGUUGGGCUUUCGCCAGAUUCUCAUGAGGAUGAGCCUGGAAUUAAACAGGCAGCAGAAAAUGUAAAAGCUCUCAUAGAUCAAGAGGUGAAGAGCGGCAUUCCUUCUAACAGAACCAUUUGGGGAGGAUUUUCUCAGGGAGGGACUUUAUACACUGUGCUGACCACGGAGCAGAGCAUGGCGGGUAUCACCGUGCUUAGUCGCUGGCCUCCACUCGGGGCUUCAUUCCCGCAGGGUCCUGUCAGUGGUGUUAACGAAGAUGUUUCUAUUCUCCGGUGCCACGGGGAUGGUGACCCUUCAGUUCCCCUAAUGUCUGGCUCCCUUACCUUUGAAAAACUGAAAUUGUUGGUAAAUCCAGCCACUGUGACCUUCAAAACCUAUGAAGGCAUGACGCAGAGCUCGUGUCAGCAGGAAAUGAUGGAUGUCAGGCAAUUCACUGAUAAACUCCUACCUCCGAUCGACUGACGUCAUUAAGAGGCUUUGUGUAGAAGAACACCAGCAACAUCAUAGUAGAGGAUACACUUUUCCC